AUGCUGGAGUUUCAGACCCAGAGCUUACGUCUCUCAGACCUGCACAGAAAAUCUCAGCUAUGGAGAGGGAUAGUUAGUGUUACCUUAAUAGAAGGUCGUGAACUUAAGGCAAUGGAUGCAAAUGGACUAAGUGAUCCUUAUGUGAAGUUCCGGUUGGGGCAUCAGAAGUACAAGAGCAAGAUUGUGCCAAAAACUUUGAAUCCUCAGUGGAGGGAGCAGUUUGACUUUCAUCUCUAUGAAGAACGAGGUGGAAUUAUUGAUAUUACCGUGUGGGACAAAGAUGCUGGCAAAAAGGAUGAUUUUAUUGGCAGGUGCCAGGUUGACCUGUCAACUCUGAGUAAAGAACAAACCCACAAGUUGGAGAUGCCACUGGAGGAGGGAGAGGGAUACCUGGUGUUGCUGGUCACCCUCACAGCCUCAGCUGCAGUCACUAUCUCUGACCUCUCUGUCAACUUGCUGGAGGACCAGAAGGAGCGAGAGGAGAUACUGAAGAGAUAUAGUCCAAUGACGAUGUUCCAUAACAUGAAGGAUGUGGGAUUUCUUCAGGUGAAGGUCAUCAGGGCAGAAGCACUGAUGGCAGCUGAUGUCACAGGUAAAAGUGACCCAUUUUGUGUAGUUGAAUUGAACAAUGACAGACUGCUGACACAUACUGUCUACAAGAACCUCAAUCCGGAAUGGAACAAAAUCUUCACAUUCAAUAUUAAAGACAUCCACUCGGUGCUUGAAGUGACAGUUUAUGACGAAGACCGCGAUCGGAGCGCUGACUUUCUAGGCAAAGUUGCUAUACCGUUGCUGUCUAUUCAAAAUGGUGAACAGAAAGCCUACGUCUUGAAAAACAAGCAGCUGACAGGGCCAACAAAGGGGGUCAUCUAUCUUGAAAUAGAUGUGAUUUUUAAUGCUGUGAAAGCCAGCAUACGAACCUUAAUGCCCAAAGAACAGAAGUACAUUGAAGAGGAAAACAGACUGUCUAAACAGCUACUAUUAAGAAACUUUGUCCGGAUGAAGCGUUGCAUCAUGGUGCUCAUAAAUGCUGCCUACUACAUUAGCAGUUGCUUUGACUGGGAUUCUCCCCCAAGAAGUCUUGCUGCCUUUUUGCUUUUUCUUUUCGUGGUCUGGAACUUUGAGCUCUACAUGAUACCACUGGCUUUGUUGUUGCUGCUGGCAUGGAACUACUUCUUGAUCGUAUCAGGGAAAGAUAACAGGCAACAUGAUACAGUAGUGGAGGACAUGCUAGAGGACGAGGAAGAAGAGGAUGACAGAGAUGACAAG